ACCAUUUUAAAUACCAAGUCUUUGUUGGCCAUUCGAAAAAACAAAGGCUGGAUUAUUGACAUGCGAAUAACGUAACCAACAUAUGCACCCAUUGUUCACCGAAUACCAGAAAAGUGAAAUUCACACAAAAAAUCACAGCAUCACUCAUUUCCAAUUCUGUGUUUGCCAUAAUGCAAUUCCUAGUAGCACUUUCAAGAGCUUCUUCCACUGUAACCAACCAUUGUCUGCGCCACCUCCGCAGCACGUGCAACGUGGCGGCGGAGAAGGUGACGCUGACCCGAUUGAAGCAGAAGCACCGCAAGCAAGAACCCAUCACCGUGGUCUCCACCCACGACUACCCUUCAGCGGUGCAUGUCGACGUGGCAGGCAUAGAUGUCUGCCACGUCGGAGACUCUGUGUCCAUGGUGAUCCAUGGACACGACACCACCAUUCCGAUCACCCUCGAACAAAUGCUUGCUCAUUGCCGCGCCGUUGCUCGUGGCGCCAAGAGGCCUCUUCUCGUUGGAGACUUGCCAUUUGGAACCUAUGAAUCCAGCUCCAAUCAGGCAGUUGAUACAGCAGUACGUAUGUUAAAGGAAGGGAACAUGGAUGCCAUAAAGCUUGAAGGAGGGUCAACUUCAAGGGUUGUUGCAGCAAAGGCCAUUGUUGAAGCUGGAAUAGCAGUCAUGGGACAUGUGGGACUUACUCCUCAGGCCAUUAGUGUUUUGGGGGGAUUUAGACCUCAAGGAAGGACUGUUGCUAGUGCUAUCAAGGUUGUGGAGAUGGCAUUGGCUUUUCAGGAAGCUGGGUGCUUUUCUGUUGUUAUAGAAUGUGUGCCUGCACCUGUGGCGGCUGCUGUUACAGCAGCACUUCAGAUUCCUACUAUUGGAAUUGGGGCUGGUCCAUUUUGCAGUGGCCAGGUGCUAGUUUUCCAUGAUCUGCUUGGUAUGCUGCAACACCCUCAUGCUAAAGUUAGUCCAAAAUUUUGUAAACAGUAUGCCUGUGUUGGAAAAGUUAUCAAACAAGCCUUAUUAGAAUACAAGGAAGAUGUGAUAAAUGGUUCAUUUCCUGGCUCUCUCCAUAUCCCAUAUAAAAUCUGUGAAGCAGAAGCAAAUGGUUUUAUAAAUGAAUUGCAAAGAUUGGGUUUGGACAAGGCAGCAUCUGCAGCAGUUGAAGCAGUUCAAAAUAUGGAUACUUCCAAAUCAAAUGGUAAAGGAAAGUCAACAAAGGACUAAAACAGUAUUUUAGUCCCUAAAAAAAUUGAGGUCAAUCACAUUAGUCCUGAAAGAUGAAAAUCAUUAUUUUCAUCCUUGAAAGGGGAAAUAGUUGAUCACUUUAAUCCUUUUCAGAGACUGAAUUACCGUUAAAAUGGGAUUAAAUUGUUUGAUUUUUUCAUCUUUCAGGAACAAAAAAUGAUGAUUUUUAUCUUUCAAAGAGUAAUAUGAUAGAUCUCAAAUUUUUCAGAGAUCAAAAUCGUCUUUAAUUUUCAAGAAGUGAACAAUUUAAUAAA